AUGCGCACGCAACUAUUACACCAAGUCUGCUUCAACCGCACAGUGCCAGUUUCUGGGCUCUACGUUAACAAUUCGCGUCUGGUGGCGCACAACACAAGUGACUUGAUCGAGUGCGAUGAUGGUUGCAAGGCAUACGACUAUGGUAAUAAGGCGUGGGUGGUUGAUGCAAAUAAGGAUAUCAAUCUUCUUAUCGACGAGUGUGUCGAACGUAGCGAGGAACCCAGCGAGAACCAACUAGGAGACACAAGGAGUGUAUCCGUAAAUCGCCAGCUAGAAUCCGGCGAGGAGCUUCUACGUCCCAAGAUCACUACUGUCUUUCUUCUCUUUGUCGUCAUGCUUUUUAUUGAGUUUUAUCUCGGAUAG